CUGCCCGCACAGAUUCUGACGAGGCCAAUAAUUCUCGCGCCUUUAGCUUUUAAUGAAAACACACACGUACAGAAAUAAGACAAGAGCGCGGGAACGGAACUCAAAACCGCGGCCGUUUCUCCCGUUCAUCUGCGUGACGUGUACCGCCGUGCCCGCGCUGCGCGGGUGUGUGAGCGUGAGUGCGCGCGCGCGUCGUGGCCGGGGCUCUUGAGCAGCACGCGACCGCGACCCGUUUAACGGCAGUCAUGUCCAGACUGGAGCAGGUUCUGAUCCUCGACCCGUCGAGUGACCUCCGCUUCAGAGGACCCUUCACUGAUGUGGUGACCGCUAACCUGAAGCUGAGGAACCCGUCCGACAGAAGAGUAUGCUUCAAAGUGAAGACCACAGCUCCUCGCCGUUACUGUGUGCGUCCCAACAGCGGCGUGAUCGACCCCGGCUCCACCGUCACCGUCUCAGUCAUGCUGCAGCCCUUUGAAUACGACCCGAACGAGAAGAGCAAGCACAAGUUCAUGGUGCAGUCCAUCCUGGUGCCGGCCGGCACAAGCGACCUGGAAGCCUUGUGGAAAGAUGCCAAACCGGACGACCUGAUGGACUCCAAGCUGCGCUGCGUGUUUGAGAUGCCUUCAGACAACGAGAAGAUGAACGAGCCGGAGGCUGCUGUGAACGUCUCGUCAGGAGCCAGAGCCACAGACGACACAGAGAUGAAGAAGCUGAUGGAGGAGUGUAAGAGACUGCAGACGGAGGUCGGGAAUCUGCUGGACGAGAACCACCAGCUCAAGGACGAAGGGCUGAGGAUGAGGAAGGUCAAUCAGUUGGACAGCUCUGUGUCCAGGUCUUCGGCGGUGAUGCAGAGUAAAGACCCGUCCUCCAGAUCUCUGCCGUCUCUGCUGGUGCUCAUCGCUGCCAUCUUCAUCGGGUUCUUCCUCGGGAAGUUUGUCUUGUAGAUGAGCGUGAGCAGAGGAAGUAAACAUGUCUGUGUACAGGAUCAUUCAAACGCGGCUCGUCUCUCUCUCUCACACACACACACACACUCGUCUGGUCU